GUGACUCCCUUAAAAGUCGCUUCUUUUCUUUCAUUUCUAUUUCCACACAUAUUUUUCUUAUUCUCCAAGAAAAUAUUUUCACUUUCUCUCUCAUUUUUUUCUAUUUUCUCUCUCUUCUCAAGCUCUUAUCAUCUUUAUUUUACCAGCUAUCAUCUACCGAUUAUAAGGAGAUAAUCAACAGCUCAAGUUUUCCAAGAGAUUCAUUUAUCUCGUUUUUAUUGAAGAUUUAUUAAUAUAAACAAAGAUUGAUUAAAAUGAAGGUGGUUUGGUCUCCUGAUAAUGCUUCUAAAGCUUAUAUUGAUACAGUUAAAUCUUGUGAAUUAUACCAAGAAUCAGGAGUAGCAGAACUAAUAUCAGCGAUGGCAGCAGGAUGGAAUUCAAAGCUAAUAGUAGAAACAUGGUCAAAUGGCAAUUUUACCCCUCGAAGCAUCGGUCUCGCAAUCGCAGCCCGUCACACGGGGGGUCGUCACGUAUGCGUAGUACCCGACGACCGCUCUCGUUCCGAUUACAUGCAAGCGAUGACAUCCGUCGUACACAGCGUACCAACACCGGAGAUUCUUGUCGGAGAACCGGAAGAAGUUAUGUCGGAACUCGAAGGCGUUGACUUUUUGGUGGUAGAUAGUCGAAGGAGAGACUUUUCGAGGUUCUUAAGGUUAGCAAGGUUAAGUAAUCGAGGGGCAGUUUUGGUAUGUAAAAAUGCUCAGGUUAAAACGGCGUCGUCUGGGUUUAAGUGGAGAGGAGUUCUAGAUGGAGGGAAAUAUCGUGUGGUACGCACUGCUUUUUUACCCGUAGGACCGGGGUUAGAUAUCGCACACGUGGCAGCAUCUAACGGUGGGUCUGCUCCAUUGAUGAAGAAGAAGCGUUGGAUUAGACAUGUGGAUCAGAUUUCUGGUGAGGAACACGUCAUCAGAACUACCUGAGAUAUUUAUGUUUUUUUUUUUUUUUUUGAAAUAUCUGACCAAAAAAAAAAAAACAAUAUUCGUAAUUUAGGGGGAAAAAAAAAGGAAUGUGUCUUUAUUUUAUUUGAAUUAAUUUAAUUUUGGGAGAGGAAAAGGGGAUAUUGUAGACUAAGUAAUAAAUGUAAAUAUAAAUGACUGUUGCUUCUGAGACAUCCAUGCAAAUGUUUGAGAAGUGUGUAGUAUAUAUGAUAAUGUAUGUAUGGUCUAAUUGAGAUUAGGCUAUAUCUUUGUACAGACUAAUUUAAAAUGAGUGAUUAUGAAGUUUUGUUCA